AUGUUAUAUUGUGAAGGAGCAUUAAAUAAUUUACCAGAUGAAAAUGCUUUAAAAACAGCUCAAGCUAUAAAAGAUUUAGUGACAAAUUUAACAGACAAUGAUUUCUUAAUAGUUUUACUAUCUGGUGGUGGCUCUGCAUUGUUGCCUUUGCCUAAGGAACCUAUAACCUUGGAAGAAAAAACUGCUUUGAUUAAAAAAUUAGCAAAUUCAGGUGCUGAUAUAAUAGAGCUAAAUACAGUUAGAAAGAGACUAUCAGAUUUGAAAGGAGGUAAACUAGCAUUAAAGGCACAACCUGCAAGUGUUUUAACCCUUAUCCUUUCUGAUGUUGUUAAUGAUCCCAUCGAUUUAAUUGCUAGCGGACCUACUUGUAAAGACGAGGAAGAUCCCUUAGCCGCAAUGAACAUCAUACGCAAGUAUAAAUUACAGAAUGAACUGCCUUCAUCAAUCAAAAAGGUUUUAGAAGAUACUAGAAGUAUAGAAAUCUAUCCUAAAAAUAAAGUGGAAAACAUCAUAAUUGGUUCUAAUAAACUUAGUAUAGAGGCAGCUGCUUUAGAAGCGAAGACAAUUGGUUUCUUCCCUUUAGCACUUUCAUAUAGUGUUGUUGGGAAUGUAAGUGAAAUUGCACAUAAGUAUGUGCAACUGGUAAAGUUAUUUUACGACUUUAAGAAUGGUAUUUUACAUAACAAUAUCAAAGAUAGAUUGUAUGAAUUAAAUUUACCAGGUUUUAAAUUUAAUAUUGACGAUGAAUAUUUAGAUUCGAUAAAAACUAAAGAUUUGUGUUUAAUUCUUGGUGGAGAGACAACAGUUAAUGUUAAAGGUACUGGAAAAGGUGGGAGAAAUCAACAACUUGCUUUAGAAUUCUCAAAAUAUAUUGAUGAAAUAAAAAAUGAUUUAUCGGGAUAUAAUAUAUUUUUAUUAAGCGCCGGCACUGAUGGUAUUGAUGGGCCAACAGAUGCAGCGGGGGCUAUAGGAUAUAUAAAUUUAAUAUCCGAUUGUUCAAAAGAAAAUAUUGAUGUUAAUAAAUAUAUAAAUAAUAACGACUCAUACAACUUCUUCAAAACAUUCAAAAAUGGUGACUUACAUGUUAUAACUGGGCACACAAACACAAAUGUAAUGGAUAUACAUUUAAUAAUAAUACAAAAAUGUACAUAA